AUGACCGCGGUUGUGACGGCAACGGCGACGGCAACGACGACGACGACGGUGGCGACGAGUCGGGUAAUCAAGCCUGUGCGCGUCGUAUCCAAUCCCGGCUCACCGAGGACGCGAAAGUUACAGCGUGAAUCUUCCAUCAACAAAGAGGCGGAUGAGUCCAAGGUUAAACCCAUAAAAAUCCAAGAUGUGAAAAGUGUGAAGAAAGAGCAACAGACCAAAAUCGCCAAACCGGUAGUGGAAACCGUUACGAAGGUUUCCCGCGUUCGGCAACCAGUAGUGCCAAAGGGUGGCUCCAUUAUUACCAGCAGAACACCGGCAAAACCUUCCAUCGGCAGUCCCAUCCAUCGUCCGGUUGCGAAACCACUCGCCACAAAACCGUACGCUCAACGUUCGGCGACGAAAAAGCUUCAACGUGACGCCACCCGGCAGCAAGCAGAAGCUCAAACCACCAGCGGUGCCAGUGGCAGCCGCCGGAUGGUAAACCGAUGUCGAAAAUCCCACUACCGAAGGGUGAGAAAACUAACACACCACCGAGUCGUAUUCCACCGCCGAAGCGGACCACACUCCAGGCGGGAAAGCAGUCAUCCAAGCUCGGUGCAUUGAAAACGUCUCCUGAUGGUGCCCUUAAGAAGUAACGGCGCAUAGCUAGCUUCCUUUUCUCUGUCGCUCUCUUUCGCGUAAUCUUAGCUAGCUUAUCUCAUGGAUGGUAGCAAUUGAAACA